GUUUGAAAAGUUUGGAGGAAAGGAAAGGUGCAAAAACUGGAAAUCCAGUAUAUUCUGCAAAAACACAACACUUAGGAAACUCAUAGAAGAGGGGUAUCUUCAGCGUCCACAGAGGAAGAGUGGAAAGAGAACAUGUGUCCAAAAUGUACUUUGUCUCUCUAUGUGCAAUAUCAGGUUUUGCUUUUCCUUUUUUUUUUUUUUGCUUUUCUUUUGACAUUCCUCAAGUGCCUUUGUUCCUUCCUGCAAAACAUGAAUGAGCUCACAAUCAUGUCAUGGAGAAAACUUUAGCCAUCCUAGAUGCUAAAUGUCUGUUUUGUUGUUGUUGUUGUUGUUGUUUAUUUAUUUAUUGUGUUGUAUUGUAUUGUAUUUACCAACACCAGAUUUUACUGUGCUUUGGUAUGUGAUCAUUUAGGUGCCAGUGUUUUUUUUCUUUUCUUUUCUUUACCUCAGUCCUCAGAAAAUGCAGAAGUUUUCACGCCUGAAAUACCUAAGGGAAAGGAUAAGGACAAACAUAAAUAUUUAUUCAGGUUUGAGUGUCCAUAUGCUGGUCAGUUUCGUUGCAGUCUGACCAGCCUUGUGUUUGUGAUGAAGGGUGAAGGAGAGGUGCUGUAUAAAACUGUCUCAUGGGAUCCUCAUUCAUUAGAUGGUUUGGGUGAGAUGAAGCCUGCAGGGCCCUUGUAUGACAUUAACUGUUCUGAUGGUUCAAUCUCAGGACUGCACCUUCCACACUGUGAAAUAUUCUCUGAGGAAGACAUGGAUUGUUUAGCUAUAGCACAUUUGACUGAUGGUAACGUAGCAAUAAUGAAUCCUCUGAAAGUGACUGAAGCUCAUGUGAUGAUUGACAUCAAAGAUCUCUCUCUCUUUGGGCUCAUAAAAAGGAUGAUCUUUCCUCCUUCCCCUGUCACUGCCCAAGUACUUGUCUUUCUGCGACCGAUAACUGAAGGACAGAGAGAAAACAUACUGGAUGUCCAUUUGCUCCCGUGGAAUGUUCCGCUGUCAGAGGUCAAGGACCAGCACAUGGAAAAUAUGCAUAUUAAAACCACUUCAAAAUGUUUGCUCACCCCUGGAACAGAAUACCGACUGUGUUGUCAAGCAGAGACAUUUACAGUGCAGCCAGAGACUGACGUGUUUGAGUUAAAUUUUCGUCCAAACUAUCAACCCACAUUUGAAGUGUUUGUGAAUGUCAGAAAUAAGGAGGUCAAGCUAAGUCUUAUGGACAACACUGAAAGAAGAGAAGUGUGGUCUCCUAGACAAAUCCUUCUCACAGGCCAAGAGGUAGAACUCCCAGCUCACAGAAGGCCCACAGAAUCUGAAUUUGUGAACAAACACAGACGUCACCUCAUUCACAGAGUUUCAUCAGUGAUGGAGAUUGCUGAUGGUCUGAUGGCCAAAAACAUGAUUACAGGUGAAAUUUACAGUGAAGUUUAUGCUAUAAAAACACCUCAAGACAGAUUGAGACUCUUGUUGGAUGCUCUUGACUCUGGAGGAGAUUCUGUAAAAGCAGAAUUCUACAGAUUACUGAAGGAGAACGAACCUCAUCUAGUAAAUGACCUGGAUUCUGAAACUCGGUAGACCACAGUAAUGCUAAGAAAACAUUAGAGAGAAACUUCAGUCAGUUUGAGACAAACGGCAGCUACAGCUUCUUUACAUGUGCUUAUUUACAUUUACGGGUGUUUAUUUUAUGAAUUUAGUACAAGAUUUACAAAUUAUGUUUCUGGCAUAAAUCCCACAAGUUGGUGUCAAACCGUAAGGUCAUGUUCUUCAGUAUAAUGAAGCAAAGAAUGAACCAAAUAGCAACUUGUGCUUCAGCAAAAUCAAGAACAUCUGAGCAUGUCUGCUGAUUUUGCCAAUUUAAUGUAACUGUGAAAUGUAAAAUCUUCUUCUUUAUGUCAUGCUUUAAUGUUUGGAUUUGUUUAAUAUGAGGUAUGAUGCUGUUACUGUAUGACAAGAUGUUUUGAUUUUGUAAUACUGUGGAAGAAUAACCACAUGCAUUUUUUUAAGGAUAAAAUGAAGUACACGUCUUUUUUUAACGGCAUGAGGAAAUGGAUCUCAAGUCACAUGUUCUCCCACUGACACACAUUAUAAACACAUAUUGCGUGUUCA